AAAGCUUUUAAAGCAAAAAUAAUAUUGGAACCGUAUAAAAGGACCCCGGGGGAUACAAAUGUUUUAGCUUUUAAAAAACCGGUUACUUGCUUUAAGUGCGGGCAAUUAAACCAUAUUGUUGCAAUAUGCAAAAUACGAACGGAUAACCCGGAAACCCCGUUAACCCCAGCGACUAUACAAAAGGCGAAAAGGAAAAAGCCCGAAGUACGGUGUUACGGGUGUAAGGAAUUGGGCCAUAUCCGGCCGGCGUGCUUUAAAAAAAGCAAAAUAUCGUUACCCAAUUUAAUACCGUUAUUUAGCCGUUUAAAUACCGGGGCUUAA